CCAAUAUCGUUUAGCGGGGAGAAAGCUCCCUCAACGGCCACAAAUGGCCUCCUUCGCCUUCCCCGCUUCGCUGCAUCGCCACCAGCUCGCUUCGCUCCCUCCAUGUAAGCCCUCUCCGACCCUCGAUUCCUCCAAAUACCACCGCCACCCCACUCCCGCUUCCGCCCUCAGGAGUGACCCCAACCACUUGCUCGCCAAGCUCCCCACCGCGGACCGCGACCCUCCUUCGAAAACCGCGAGUGGUUUCGGUGUCGGAGACAGGGCUAGUUCGUCGGCCCGGCCUCCGAGGCCCAGCGGCGAAAAGUCGCAGAAGGAGUCUUUGAAGGACCUCGUGAGCUCGAUCAUAAGGGAGCGGUCCAAAAGGAGGGUCGGCGAUGGCGAGAGCGCGAGGAGAUCGUCGAAAGGCAAGACUACGAGGAGCGACUCGAGUUUGGGGCGGGGGAGUGAUGUCGGAGUUGGGAAUUACGGUUUACGUUCUGAAAAAGAGAGUGCAGCGGUGAAAUCUGCGGAUGAUGAUGGUGGUAGUUCGGGAGGUAGAGUGGGGAAGCAGAAAAUGAGCAGGAAUGUCGGCGUUAGUGUCACGGAGGCGGCUAAUGAGAGUAGGAAGUCUACGAGAAGUAAGGUCGAGUCGCCUGACGUUCGGUUGAGAGUCGCGCUUGAUAUGUGCUCGAAAAGUGGGGAUUUUUUGGGGGCGGUUCAGUGGUACGAGUCGGCUCGUAAGGAAGGGAUUCAAUUGGUGCAGUAUCAUUACGCUGUGCUGUUGUAUCUCUGUGCUUCUGCGGCUGUCGGUGUUGUUCAGCCUGCUAAAAGCGGAAGUGGCAUGAGGACUUUGAAUAGCUUGGACUUGUCGAAUGCACAUGUCGCUACAAAUUACGUCAAGUUUGGUGAGGUAGAUGAAGUCAUGCCAAAUGACCUCCAGUCAAUUGGUGCCCGUAGGGUUGAGGGAAAUGAUAGCAAAAUGGAUUUACGUUCAAGGCGCACCUAUGGCAAUGUUGAGUAUACCGACAGAAUUAAGAGCAUCAGGCAGAACUUUAAUGGGUUUCCAAAACCCAAAUCUCAUGUUUCAGAUCGGCUGAAUGAUGCAGGACAAACUAAAAGUGGUUCCUCCGGUACUGAAAAUGAGGCUAUAGACCAAGAGCAGGUCGUUAUAUUAGAUGAGAAUGUCAAGAAGUAUGCGGUUGUAAAGGGAUUUGAAAUCUACGGGGAGAUGUGCUCAGAUAAAGUCCCAAUGAAUGAAGCCACUUUGACAUCUGUGGCCAGAAUGGCAAUGUCAAUAGGUGAUGGAGACUUGGCGUUUGACAUGGUGAAGCAAAUGAAGUCUUUGGGGAUAAAUCCUCGGUUGCGGUCCUACGGUCCUGCUUUAUCAGCUUUCUGCGAUAGUGGAGACAUUGAGAAAGCAUUUGAAGUUGAAAAACAUAUGCUGAAGAAUGGUGUCUAUCCAGAGGAGCCUGAACUGCAAGCACUACUAAGAGUAAGCAUAGCUGUUGGAAAAGGGGACAAGGUGUAUUAUUUGUUGCACAAACUCAGAACAAGUGUAAGGAAGGUCUCUCCCUCUACUGCAGAUCUAAUUGAGGACUGGUUCAAAGGCAAGAUAGCUGCAAGACUAGGGAAAAGGAAAUGGGAUCAAAGAGAUAUAAGAGAAGCAAUUAGAAAUGGUGGUGGAGGCUGGCAUGGGAAAGGUUGGUUGGGAAGAGGCAAGUGGAGUGUAUCACGUGCAUCGGUUGGUUCUGAUGGCUCAUGCAAAUGCUGUGGCAGAAAAUUGGCCACAAUUGAUCUUGAUCCUUGGGAAACAGAAAAAUUUGCCGAGUCAGUUGCAGCCUUGGCUCUAAAGAGAGAUAAAAACUCCAGCUUUCAGAAAUUUCAAAAAUGGCUCGAUUAUUAUGGACCAUAUGAAGCAGUAAUUGAUGGAGCUAAUGUAGGCCUUUUCAGUCAGCACAGAUUCUUACCAGCAAAGGUUAAUGCAGUUGUUAAUGGAAUCCGUCAGAAGCUUCCUUCAAGAAGAUGGCCUCUCAUUGUUUUACACAAUAGGCAUAUUACAGGAAACAAGAUGGAAGUACCAGUGAACAGGGCAAUCAUUGACAAGUGGACAAAUGCGGAUGCACUCUAUUUAACACCUACUGGAUCCAAUGAUGACUGGUAUUGGUUGUAUGCAGCUAUCAAAUUUAAGUGCUUAGUGGUGACCAACGAUGAAAUGAGGGACCAUACAUUUCAACUUCUAGGAAAUGACUUCUUCCCCAAAUGGAAAGAAAGGCAUCAAGUACGUUUCAGCUUUUCUGUUGCCGGUCCGGAGUUUCACAUGCCUCCUCCGUGUUCUGUAGUAAUCCAGGAGUCCGAGAAUGGCCACUGGCAUAUACCCAUUUUGCUGGAACAUGGGUAUGAAGCAGAUAGAACGUGGUUAUGUGUGACGCGUGCUGUCUCUGGAUCGGAAACCAGACCUGAAGAUCUGCAAUUACAUCAACAGAGUGAGCAACAUGUGAUGGAAGGCAAAGAGCCACAAGUCGAAGUUGAUCCCUUUUCAGAAACGCUUCAACCUAACCAUGACUGCAUUAGAAAAUCACCUCCUGAGACACAUCAAAAUCUCAAAAGCAUAUUCGCAGCGUCUGUAUCAUCAAACGACGGCACCCUCCUGUCAGAACUUGACACUGCAGAGAGAUCAAAGAAGUUGGAGUGCCUAUGUACAGACACGAGGCACGGUUGAUUUUUCUAAGGUGUAGAGAGCCCUUCGUUGGCGGAAAAGCUUAUUUCGCAAGAAUGUACUUUCCCGAGCAUUGUAACUUUGGAGUAGAUGCAAUUUCUUGCCUAAUAUAAUUCAGGAAAAAAUUUUCCCGCUUCAUUUU